AUGAGCCGUCGGACUGCCGGGGAACUACCUGCUGGACUCUCACAGCGUCCACCAUCCCACAGCGUGCCUGCCCUGCCUGACACGACUGCAUCCAACAGUGACUUGGCGAGUGUUUUUGAGUGUGCUGUCUGCUUAGACUAUGUGUUACCACCUAUCCUUCAAUGUCAGCUUGGCCAUCUUGUUUGUAGCAACUGUCGCCAAAAGCUGACUUCUUGUCCAACUUGCUGGGGCCCACUGGGAUCCAUUCGCAACUUGGCUAUGGAGAAAGUGGCCAGUUCAGUACUUUUCCCUUGUAAAUAUGCCUCUUCUGGGUGUGGAAUAACUCUGCCGCCCACCGAAAAAGCAGACCACGAAGAGCUCUGUGAGUUUAAGCCUUAUUCCUGUCCCUGCCCUGGUGUUUCCUGUCAAUGGCAAGGCUCUUUGGAGGCUGUCAUGCCCCAUCUGAUGGAUCAGCAUAAACCCCUUAUAGCACCACAGGGAGAGAAUAUACUUUUCCUUGCUACAGACAUUAAUCUUCCUGGUGCUGUUGACUGGGUGAUGAUGCAGUCUUGUUUUGGCUUUCACUUCAUGGUGGUCUUGGAGAAACAGGAAAACCACUAUGGUCAAGAGCAGUUCUUUGCAAUUCUACAGCUGAUAGGAACACCUAAGCAAGCUGAAAAUUUUGCUUACUGCCUAGAGCUAAAUGGUCAUAGACGGCGAUUGACUUGGGAAGCAACUCCUCUGUCUAUUCAGGAGGGAAUUGCGACAGCCAUUAUGAAGAGUGACUGCCUAGUCUUUGACACCAGCAUUGCACAACUUUUUGCAGAAAAUGGCAAUUUAGGCAUUAAUGUAACUAUUACCAAGUGUUGA